AUGCGCUAUAUUCACCCGGUUACGGACACAUUAAAGGCGAUGCUGGCUCUCGGUUGGACUAUUGAUGCUGAUGACGCCAGACAUCAGGAAGCUUCAAUGGAUCGAAAACAAAUGCGGAGACCAACAUUGGCUCCUGAAAUGAUGAUGACUUACACUCCGAAUGCGCGGGAUUUGCGCGGUGUGAACGUGUCCAAAGAAAUGCUCAAUCUCGCAGAACGACUGGCAGAUAAUGCACACAACAUUUGGGCGAGACAGAAGAUGAGUGACUUGGAAGCAAUAGGUGGUGGAGUCCAUCAGCUCCUUGUACCAUAUGAAAUUUUAACGGACAACGAGCGUAAGCGCUACCGUCGAUUAACUCAUGAGUUGAUCAAGUAUUUGCAAUACUACGGUUAUCGACUUUCUCUUCGCUCGGGAAGCAACCAGCAAGGUAUCUCUGGUGCGGCUGGUGCCGACGCCGGUCGCCGCGUCGAAGGAAGAAACGCUACUUCUAUAGAAGAGAAGAAGAUGGCAGCCACAGCCAUACUGAAAAUGGGCAACGCCGAAGACUUUGUUCGAAGUCGAUUGUUGCCGUUUUUCGUAAACUGUGCUGAUGACUUGUGCAUUCUAAUGCGUAAUUUAGAAGCUGGUCGCUAUUCACAUGUUAAGGGUACCAUCAAGCGCGGUGCGUGUUCGGUGGAUUAUGUCCACAUGGUUUUAUUGCCAGUUCUCAAAUCUAUGUUUGAACAUCUGAGCAAGAAUGAAUGUGGAGAUGAUCUUUUGGACGUACUAUUUGAACUGUCAAAGACACUAACCGGAUUACAUGAUAUUAUUCAACAAGUCGAACUCUUGGCCGAUUCUGGUGUAGCAGGCGCGGCAGAAGCACCACAUUUAAUCGAGGUUACUCUACCCAUGCUCUGUUCCUACUUACCAACAUGGUGGCGUAAGGGACCGGAGUGCAGGAGACCGGAAGCCACGGUAGAGGAAUUGACCCGUGCUCCACGCGAUGGUCGUGAACCCCGUUCAACACACACUGAAGAAGAAAUGAGCAGUAAAAUAGAUCGACAGUUAUCGCCGGAUGCUCCAUUGACCCGGGUUACGGCCGAUCUGAUGAACCGAGUGUUGGGUAGUGUGUUGCAAUUGAUUCAAAACAACAUAGAUUCACCGCACGCACCAUGGAUGACCCGAAUCGCAACUCGAACACAACCAAUUGUGGCGAAUUCAACGACGGAAAUGCUUGGACAAUACUUUUUGCCUGUGUCGGAACGUCUUUUGGAGCAUGCGUUGGUGGUUGAAAAGGUUGAAGAACUUUUUAAAGCUGAGAAACGAUCCGGUUCGGAAACGGUGAGCGAGCGUGAAGAGGAACUGAGUACCCUUGUAGAGGUGCUUGUACGGAAUCUGUUUGCGUUCUAUCCACUACUGAUAAAAUUUGUCGAUCGGCAUCGAUCUGCUUGGUUGAAACAUCCUACUCAAGAGACGCAACGUUUAUUCACCGCUGUGGCUCGAAUGUUCUUGGUUUGGACCAGGGCCUCCAAAUUUAAACGCGAAGAGGAAAACUUUGUUAGUGCACACGAGAUUGAUCAUUUAUCCUUGAUUGUGCCCAGCGGCGGAAGCUCUGUCACUAGCAGCCGAAGUCGACCAUCAGUAAAUGGUCGUGCGGACACAAGCUCUGUCAAGCCCAGUCUGAGUCAACUGGGCGGACGUGAGCAAGAACUUGUUUUGUGUGCAAAACGAAAAUUGAUCCGAAGUGAGGCCGAUGCUGAUAUUGAAGCGUACUUGAGUUCAGCUCUGGACCGUGAAGAAGAUUUCGAACCACGAACACAACGUUGGCAGAAACUGCUCUAUCAAAAGAUUGACAAGACCAUUGCCCUGACUGGACGGCAUGCAGCGCUAGAAACAUCAACCAAAGAAGAGACCGUCGAUCGGAUUCUAACACUAUCGAAAGUGAUGCACGGCUUAUAUCUGGUUGACCAUCCCCCGACUUUGGCUAAAGGGGCUUGGAAAAAACUUGUGUCGUCACAGCGAAAGCGUGCUGUGAUGGCCUGUUUCCGAAUGGUUCCUCUUUAUGCAUUACCUGUGCAUCGAGCUGUGAAUCUGUUCAUAAAUGCUUAUGUUGACGAAUGGCUGAACUACGAGGAAUCUCUCGGCGUGAAAUUGAUUGAGGACAUUACGCGUGAAUCGGAUGAUUCAGCUGAAGCCAAUUCCACCCGGGCCGCUCCAGAGGGGACAACCAUUGCGACUGUGACAUCUCCAUUAAAAGCCGAUACAUCUAGUAAACUUUUAGAAGACACGGCCGCAAAUUCCGCCCUGGAAUUCAUGGACUCUGUACUGGACCUUCGUGUACCUGUGGGAGGCGUAGAGAAUGAAAUGCUGGAAAACGCCCCUCCAAAGAUUGUGUUGCCGACGCCUGGCUCGGACGCUGCAGCCAGUACAUGUUCGGAUGCUGUAGCCGCCCCGGAUCCACUCACCCAAUUGCUGACCGCGCUCAGUCGAUCUGCAAUGGACCAAGCCCCAGAUGAUCCACUUUAUCUAGCCUAUGCAAAAAUUAUGGGAAAAAGUUGUAGUGGUGAGGAUGAAGAAGAUGAAGAAGAAGCCGAAGAAGAAGAGGGUACAACUUUUGAGGAUCAAGAAGAACAAAAAUUACAAUUGCUCAGCGAACAAAACCGUUUGGCCGAUCGUGGCGCAGCCGAAAUGGUGCUUCUCCAACUGGCUGCUUCCAGAGGUACGUAUACGAGAAUUUUAACGUCUAUGUGA